GGGGUAGAACUGAUUAACGAAAUGCCCAGGUGCGACAUGCCUACGUAUCGUAUUGAAUCGUAGUAAUCGGCAGGGUCUAUAAAUGGGCCCACCAGCGAAGGGACCACCAAUCAAACGCUUUCCACUGGUUUUGUCGGGUGUUCCACAGUUGUUGUUCCGUUCAGUUUACGAUCAGUUUCCGAAAAUGAAACACAUUUUCCUCUUAGUUCUGGUUGGGCUCAUGCCCUUGGUUAAAUCUCUGGUGCACCCUGCUAAUUUGGGCCAGAGUGCAGAUGGCAAGGGCUGCAAAGGACCAAAGGGUGACAUUUUGCCGGGAGAAAUGGUGCAAGACGAAAACGUUUGCGGCGUCUUUUAUUGCGCGACCGACAAGGGGGACGGCUUCAUUCACUACUGCCAACUAACAGCAACAUUCGCAGAGUGCAGUGGAACUACCGUGUCGACUUCGGUGGACUUUCCCGAUUGCUGUUGGUUGUGCGUCAAGGAUAAGAAGUGCGAUGAGGAAGGCGGAGCAGAAGCAGGAGAAGCAGGAGGAGCAGAAGGAGCAGGAGAAGCAGGAGUGGCCACAGAGAAGCCCCCACCUUAACGAACACUCUUCAAUCAG